CGCAGCCAAAAAGGAACGCGUCGCGGUGACCUCAACCUUCUCGCUUUGCUCUCCCAAUCGGUCGACGCCAGCAGGUCUGAGACUAGGCUGAUUGACUCCUCCUCCUAUCUCUCCUUCCUGACAGAUUUCUGCUUCUGGUCCAUCUCCCUCUUGUUUUGCGGUCGAUCUCGUCGGAGCCCUGCCCUCGGUCUGCAGCCAUGGACAAAAAGGAUGAAACUGCGACUGCGACUGCAACUGCGACUGUGAGGCCGAAGGCAACAAAUCCUCCGUCACGGCCAGUGACCAGGACUCCGGCCUCCAGAUUGUCCACCACAACCAGGCCGGCCUCUACUUCUACGUCUACCUCGUCGGCUGCUAGGCCUGCCGUGGGAAGUUCAUUGAGCAAGCCGCCAGCCAGACCGAGUGCUGCGAGCACGACAGCCCGAAAGACCCCUGUCACAGCCUCAACUUCCUCAAUUGCCACACACAAGAAAAGAGAAUCAGACACGUCGGUUGAUGAGAAACCUUCCGGCGACGAGAAGGGCAAAGAUGGCAUAUCUGCGAGGCCAAAGAGGAUGUCUCUGGCUCCCUCCACGACUUCUGAUCGGGCCUCCACUUCCAGGUCGGUUGCUCCCACUCCUGCUCGCCGGACAUCAAUGCAGACAACGACAUCGAGUCAACAGACCGGCGGCAGUCCAAUUGGUGCAAGGAAGGUAGCUGCCACCCCGAGCACCACUCGCACCCCGACGACCCCCUCUGCCACGCGUGCUAGGCCUCUCGCCUCCUCAAGAAGUGUUGGUACCGGCGCUCUUGCCGACAAGAAACGUCUAAGCACGAUUCCUGCGUCACCCGCAGUCAAGGCUGGAAUGGAAGAGCCGGAAGACAACAAGGAAAAUGCAACAUCGGCUGGAGAUGAGAAAUCAGCCGGGACCGCUCGUCCCCCGUUGGGAUCGCGGAAAUCCACGAGGUCACUUUUGAUAGAGCAGCGGAUCCGAGAGUUCGAGCUUGUCAACAACAUGUUACGAGCAGCUAUGACCGCGGACGGUGCCGAUGAACAAGAACAGCAGUCCAUGGAUGAUGACGCUGCAAGUAAAAUCGCAAAGCUGAAGUCGGAUCUUGCCAAGGUCAGGGCAUUCGAACGUACUCACGGUCGAGUACCAACGGCUGCGGAACUGGAGGAGGUGCAAUCCGUGAUUGAGGAAACACCCUCUGAAUCGGCGGUCGAAGCAGACAAACCUCCGCUGGAAAAUCUCGAGGCUGCAAUUGCACCAGAGCUGCAGGAGGAGACUAGCAAAGCCCAAGUCGCCGCGUUACAGGCGGAGCUGACUGACUUGAAGGCCAAACUCGAACAAUUCAGCAAGAGCGCGCAGGAGGAGGGCGUACGCGUGCUGGAUGCCACAGAAGCUAUCCGGAACGAGCAUGCCGCCAAAAUUGAACAACUCUCAUCAGCCCACGAAACUAAAGUCUCGGAAAUGGAGCGUGCACAUCAAGAAGAGCUGCGAGAGCUUUCCCAGGGCCAGGAUACCAAAACAGAACAGCUUACCCUAGAACUGGCCCUUGCGCGGAAGGAGAUCGACCGGUCUAAGUUGGAACUGGAAGAACUUCGCAAUGCGGCUGCUGAGCAGGCUUCGACAAGGGAUAGCAAUGCACAGCUGGAAAAGGAGAUGGAGACCAAGAUUGCAACCCUCGAAGCUGAUUAUCAGGCGCGGCUUGCCGAAAUCCAGGGCAGGCUUGAGGAGGUAAGCGCAGAGGUUGCGAACAAGCAAAAAGAAGUUGUCCAUCAACAGGAAGAGCUUGCCAAAGCCAACGAGGAAACUACCCGACAAAACGAAGUGAUUCGAUCUUUGGAGAGUCAAGUGCUCGAAUUUCAGCAGACAAAGGGCGAGGAAAGCAACGCCCAGGCAGCGCUAAAUCGUGCGCUCGAGGACCAGAUCAAAGCUCUACGGCAGGAAAAGGCCGAUGCGACCGCCGCCGCCGCUACAUCCCUCGCGGCGGCCGAGGAAGCCCAUACCGCGGAAAUAGACGCCAUUAAAAAGCAAUUGAGCGCUGCGCAAGAAGAACUGAAAACAAUACAGAGUGUGCAAGAAAGCGAACUGCAGACCGUGCUAAAGAAAGCUGAAGCUGAUCUGGCCGCCGUAAACGACGAGCUUGAAAGUAGCAAAGCUUCGCAUUCGAGUAGAAUCCAGGAUCUCGAAGCUCAGCUGCAAAAGGCCAAUGAAGAAGCGGAGGCGAAAAAAGCAGAUCAUGACGGGGCUCUCGCGGCGUUGCAAAGUCAAGUAAACGCAGCCAAAACUGCUCUGGGCGAGGUUACCACAGAGCAUGACAAAAUUUUGAAAGACCACGAGUCCCAAAGCCAGUCUGCUCGAGAGGAACUUGCUGCACUGAAAUCUACUCAUGAAAAAGAACUCGAAAGUCUUCGGUCCGGAUCACAGGCGGAACACGACGAAGAAGUGGCAACGCUGAAAUCUGGCCAUACUGAGCAUAUCCAACAGCUUGAGCAAAAGCUCCACGACUCGCAAAAGGAAGUGUCGACCCUUAAGCAAACACACUCCUCUCAAAUCAAGCAGCUGGAGGACCAGAUGAACGCGUCCCUCAAAGAUCUGGAGACCAUUGAAGCUGGGCACUUGCAGCAACUCGAUCGUGUGAAGUCCGAGGCAUCGGAGUCGCAACAGAAGGCCGUCGAAGAAGCUGAGAAGAUUCACAUUGAACGGGUACGGAAUCUUGAGCAGCAGCUCAAUGCUGUCGAGGCCGAAUUGGCAGACGCACAAUCUAUCCAUUCGAAGCAGCUGGAGGAGGUGUCGCAUCAACAAGCCAAUGAGCAUGAAAUUGCGCUGAACGCAUUGAAGGAGUCGCACGCCACUACAGUCAAGGAAUUAGAGGAUCAGCUCAAGUCUGCUCAAGAAUCUCUGGAAACAGUCAAAGCUGACCAUGCGAAGCAACUCAGUGGCUUGGAAGAGCAGAUCUCCUCUCGUCAUGCUGAGACAAUCACUUCUCUCAAAGCCGAGCACGCACAACAAUUUGAAGAUAUGACGAUCAAGGCAAAGUCUUCUCACGAGGAAGCGUUGGACGAAUUACGAUCGUCCCUAGCAGAAGAGAAGCGCCAGUUGGAAUCUCAAACGAGGUCUCUCCAACAGGAGCUCGAGGGCAACCGAUUCCAGACCCAGAUGGUGAAGUCCAUUCUUGAAAACACCGAGAAAGAAGCUAAGGAGAAAGAGGACGAACUCAAUGAAGCUCUCGAGAAACUGAAAGCAGAUAUGUCGACCUCGGUCAUCAAACUUGCCCGAAUGAGUGAGCUCCAGAUGCAACAUGACCAAGUAUUGGAGACGAAGAAGGCUUUGGAGGCCAAGGUCGAAGAGGACAUGGAGGCCUUGCGCGCCGAACAUGAAAAGUCGCUCGCCGAGCUCGAGAAGUCGCUAAAGGGGCAACAUGAGCAAGCCAUCGAGAGAGUGCGCGAGGAGCAUACCAAAUCUGUCGAGGCCAGCCAAGCCGCGAAUCAGUCUCAAUACGAAGAACUCCAGAAACGGAUGAAGGCGGAACACGACAACCAAUUGGAUGAGAUCAUGAAGACCUUGGAGAGCCAGUGGAAAGUCCAAGUCGACCAACUGGAGGAGCAAAAUGCGGCCGCUAGUGCCCGCCUCGCCGAAGCCGAGAAUCGACAUGAGGAAGCCUUGCGCAAAGUCAAAUCGGAGCACGAAGCCGCACUUACGCAACUGCAAGCGGAGCUGCAGGGGGCGCGCAAUGCUGCUGAGUCUAGCCAGUCGUCAUCCGCCCAGCUGGACGAACUUCGAACUCAACUUGCCGCGGCACAAGAAGAAGCCAUAGAAGUCGAGAAGAAAUACCAAGAAGCCAUGGUUCUAGCACGCGAGGAACGAGAAUCUGCUCUGGCAGCGAUGAAGCAAGAGCUCAUGGAUGCAAAGGAAGCUGCAGCGCAGCGACCGGAUCCAUCGCAGCUCGAGGAAUUGAACGAGAAGUACACGACUGCCCAGAAGGAGCUUCAUGCACUGCAGGAGAAGCACGACCAUGCGAUCCGCGAGGCGAAGGCGGAGUACGACACUCAACUCGAAAAGGUCCUCACCGAACUGAACGAUGCCAAACUGGCGGUGCAGAAGGCUCCAGAAUCAGAGCAUGUCGACGCCAUCAAGGCGAGCCUCGAUGAAGCAAAGAAGACCAUCAUGUCACUUGAAGCCGAGCUGCAAGGAGCAAUGCUUGAGAUCGAAACGCAACGAAAUCUUGCCGAGAGUGCGCAGAAGGAAGCAGAGCGAUUCAGGGCUGAGGCUGCUGCGCUUCCAAGCCCGAAGCCUGGUGCGAAGUCUGCGACUCCCCUUUCUCCUGCCUCUCCGAAACAAGGGCUGGAAUCUAGUCGAUGGGCCAGCCCUCUAGAAGCUCCUGAAGACGCCGCGACGAGAACCACGGCUGCCGAAGCGGCGCCUGCAGCAGGUCAAGAGGAAGCCCCUGCACCAGCAACGAACGGGAAAAGUCGCAAUGUUGCAGGCCAGUUGGCCGGCAUCCAGGAGCAAAUCAAGCAGUUGGACGACCUGAGCGAAGACUUUCUCGAAGAGCAUCAGAAGAUGGCGGGGAUCUUGAGCCGUGUCGACGACCAGACUCAGACGGCAACGACGGAUGUUGAAAAGGACGACGAGGAUUUAGAUUAGUGGUCUUCACCGGGCGGAGUCCAGAUGUGACGGAAUGAAGGAGUGUUGAGUGUUCGCUCUCACUCUGACGAGGCAAGAAGACUAUUGGAGAUGGGAAAUCUCCCAGAGUUGUUGGAUGAUAGUAAUACGGGGUCUUGUCGCCAUGUUGCGUCUUUGAUGUUGUUGGUUUUUCCCUCGUCGAGCAGCCCCGAGGCUCCCCUUUUUUUCCUUAUGACCCUCAUUCCAGUUUCAGUUUCAGUUUCAGUUUUAUAUCCAGCGAGCAAGCGCGUGAGCAGCAGUACAGCACGGCACGAAGCGAAGCGAAGCGAAGACGGAAUUUCUCUUUUUCUUGGUUUCCUCCCUUCUCUCAUUUAGCGGCUGUUUCCUCCUCUCUUGAGCGGAAAUGAAUGGAUUCUUGUUUGUUGCUGUGCAGUGUCCAAAUGUUGAGUCGAAUCGAGUUGAGAUACCCUCUUGCGUCUGUCUGUCUGUCGCUCUGCCGAUCUUUCUGUCUAUCUACUUUGUCCCUUGGUGGAUGUUGGACGUUGGACGUUGGACGAUGGAAGUAUUCUGGAAAGGGAGCAAAGUCGGGUAUUGAUCAUCCAUCCCAUCCUCUAGCUAGCUAGCUAGCUAGCUUGCCAGCCACAAUACUCGGUAAUUAGCUACAAUUCUGAUGCAAUGCCAUACCGUACCGCGCUACGCUAUGUGGCACCAUGCCGUGCCGUGCGAUGUAUUCGCA